GUCGCCAGCAGGCCCCGCUGUCCCCGCGGGGCGCGGCGCCCCUGCCCCAGGAAGGGCGUCCGACGGAGAUGACUAACCGGCGCUUCCUCCUUUGCAGAGCGGCAUGGAAGUGGGCGUGGCAUCGUACACCUCGGGGCGGCCCGUGGGCGGCUCGCCGGACCGGGGCCGCGGGUCGCCGCGCGCGAACCUGCACGUGGAGUUCGCGCAGCUGGGCGAGGUCAAGGAGCGGAAGGAAAAGUACCUGACGGCCAAGUACGGCGCACACCAGAUGUCCCUCAUCCGCAAGCGCCUCGGCGUCGAGAUGUGGAUGUUCGAAACCCCAAAGCUCCCUCUCCCCGCCG